GGUAUAAUGACAGCAAAGCGCAGAAAACUUAAGACGACAGGUGUGUUUGUUUGAUCUUUGUUAAGUUUAUGUUAGUUUUGAAAUUCAUAAUCAGGUUUUUAGUGGAAAUUGAACAGAUUUAAUUUGUUUCUCAACUUUAUAAUAACAAAAAUACACAAAGAUGGAACUGAGAAAGUUUAAGAAAAAGAUCUAUGACUAACUAAAACGAACUCUUAAAUUGGUGUUUGUUUGUGCAGUGUUUGCAAUUUAAUGGAAAUGUGAUAUGUUUUUGUAAAGUGUAUAAAACUCCGAUAAAUCAAUUAAAACGGUUUUAUAAGAAUAAAAUGACAUGGGAUCCUGUACGAGACGGCAUUUACUGUUGUCGGUAUGCAUUCUUCAGUUGCUCACAACAAUCGAAAGGCAAAUAUUCGAUUUUUUAGGAUUUAUGUGGGCGCCUAUCUUUUCCAAUUUCUUUCACAUCAUCUUUGUAAUAUUCGGCUUCUUUGGAGCGUAUACGUUUCGUCUUAAUUAUUUGAUAACGUAUUCAUUGUGGAGCACACUAUGGGCUGCAUGGAACAUUUUUAUUAUUUGUUUUUACUUGGACGUUGGAACUCUUGAUAAAAACAGUGACAUAUUGAACCUGGGAACAGGCAGUGCUUCAUGGUUUGAAAUAAAUGGCUAUGGCUGCAAACCAACAUACUCAACAAACAUUACAGCAGAAGACCAUUUUACUGUCGUUCGUCCAGAGAAAGUGGACGGUUGCUUACUGGAUUACACGAUUGUAGAAAUCAUACAUGCGUCUAUUCAACUCAUACUACUGGUUUUGGGCUUGUGUUCUGCGAGCCUACUAAUGGCCAGUUUUUUCUGUGAUAAGGAUUAUGCGACUCGACGAGGAGAGAAACCAAAACCGAAACCACGCCAAUCUCUGUAUUCAAUCGAAUUCAGUCCGCCGGUAGAUGCUGUUAGAAGCUAUUUAGACGAAAGUGAAAGCAGUCCACGAGAAAUGACCAAACCGAUGACACCGCGUCGAGUAAAACGUCGCUCUGUCAUGACACGCGGAACAACGAACCGCCAAAGUUCAACAAGUACGCGCAGUAACAAAAACCGUAGCAGUACAAGGGCAUCACGACGAAAAUUUCAACAGAAUCCGGUCACGAAAUUGAUUGAUCAACAAGGACCGGUCAAUAAGGCUUUUCCUUAUCAACAGCAGCGCUACGAAAAUCCACCGCUAACCGAAUCCAAUUUGAAAUAUCUAAACAAAGACAUAACAAUGCCUUCAUCGAGUAACAUGAACUCGUUUCAACACAACAUUUUGCCGGACCCAAUUUACUACAACAUGAGUUCCAGCACCUCUUUGUUGCAUCAAAGUUCAGCUCAUGCCAAAAAUCUAUCCGAUGGACUGUCGAAUCCGAUGUACCAUCAUUCGAACACCAAUAUCAGCACCAAUCCGGAUAUUGUCGAAGAUCCGUACCAUCGACCACCAUCUGCUCGGUCGAGCUACUCAAAUUUUCAUGGCGCACGCUAUUUGAGCUCGUAUAAUCCGUCGCACGGUUCGGAGAAUGUUUUCACUGAGAUCGGAAAUCGAUCGCAACCCAUACCGCAAGUGCCACAACGAAAGGCACCGUCCAGAGAAAGUGUUAGAUCGAUGGCAUUUUUGAAUAAUGGACCGCCUGCAUACAACUUAAACUAUCACACUCCUCCGGAUUCCGAAACGACUAUGUAAAAUGAGUAAGGAAUUCUUUAGCAUAAAUUAAUUUCCAUUUUAAGGCUAAGGCUAAACAUUAAGUUUGUUAAGAAAUCGCGCGCUUUAAAUACUUUCAUAAAUUAUGAAAUGAACUUGUGGAACUACUAGAAUAAAUUAUAUAAUUUC